UAAAUCAGUUCAGCUUGCGCCACACAAGCUAACAAUUGUUUUUUAAGUUGAAAAAUAAUUACAAUAUUAAUGGAUUAUAGUGACUUAUUAAAAUGAAUUUAAUUUUUCGUUUCUUUAUUUUAUUAUUAGGAAUUACUAUCUGUCAAGGUGGCUACGGCGCACACUACGACGGACAAGAUGCUCAAUCGGAUGUACGCGCGUCGCCACAUGCUCCAGCAUAUAUUAAUAAUAUGAGAUUUGGACCAACCGGCUACCCGAGAAGAUAUACAGGCACCAAAACUGGAUACGGUGGCACAAAAACAGGAUAUGCUGGCACGAAAACGGGAUAUACGGGAACAAAAACCGGAUAUGCCGGCAAAAAGACAGGCUACGCUGGCACUAAAACUGGAUACGGUGGCACUAAGUCUGGUUAUGCUGAAACAAGAUCUUGGCAUUCUUCUGGCUCCGCGCCGACCUACAAUGAGUUCUAUGGACGGGCCAACGAGCCUUACAGCGCAAAAUGUCAGGUGGAAUGCAAAAAUAAUGGGAUCUGCGUGGACACCAACACUUGUCAAUGUCCACCGGGUUUUCACGGACAGUACUGUGAGUUCGAGAAGAAACCGUGUCUGGUGUUUCCACCCCUGCCCAUGAAUUCACAGAGGAAAUGCUCACAGGAUUACUGCACAAUUACUUGCGCGGAAGGCCAUAGGUUCAUAGAUGGGACGACGGUAGCAAAUAUGCAAUGCAUGAAUGGUCAGUGGCAGCCCACUCGUGCUGACCUUUCAUCAAUACCUGACUGUCAGCCAGAAUGUGAUCCUCCGUGCUUGAAUGGAGGUGUUUGUUUGUCCGUCAAUACGUGUCAAUGUCCCGCAGACUACAGAGGUCCUCAAUGCCAAUAUGCUGCCAGUGCUUGUGACGUUCGUAAACUGGCAUUCAACGGCGGCUACAACUGCUUCGGUGACAGCGAGAAGUUUUCCUGCAAACUGAGCUGCCCGUCAGGAGCAUCUCUCAGUUCUUCUAACACUGAUGAGUAUACCUGUCUCUACUCUACUGGCGUGUUUGAACCCCAACCGAUACCUCAUUGCGUUUUUGGUGAUGUCAUCGUUAUCACUCCAUCAAACUACAAGAGCACCCUCCCUCCUUAUGCGCUACACUCGUCAAACCACACCGACAUCAGUCAGUCGGAGCAUUCAACAGAAGCUAACAAGUAUGGCAUAAAGAAGCCGGUUACCAUUGUUGUACAAGAUUUUACUCCAAAGAGUGGCACUUGUAUAACCUGGGCAGGUGUUCACUAUAAGACCUUCGAUGGAAAGAUAUAUAGCUUCCAAUCUCCUUGCCAACAUGUGUUACUGCGUGACUCCGUAGAACAUAAGUUUACAGUCGCCGUGAGACACCCUGAAUGCGAACACGGCGACUGUUCGUCUGAACUUACUGUCUACUUGCAAGAAAAGAUGUACACGUUCGCUGUCUCUGAUGACGGAUCCGUCUUGUUUCGCACCAGCAAACGUUUGAUGCCGAUCCCGGCAGCGCUGCCCGGUAUCCGCGUGUCUAUGCCUUCUGAUCAACUCAUUAUCAACCUGGACCUCGGACUUACUCUCAAAUGGGACACUAAAAACUCGGUGGUGGCCGAAGCUUCAGUUUUGCUAUGGAACAUAACCGAAGGUCUGUGUGGAACGCUGGACGGGAAUCCGGAAAACGAUUUGACCACAAAAGAGAAAACUAUAGCAUUGACUAAAUCUGUUAUGAUAGCUUCUUGGGAACUCAACAAAAUUGGAGACACUUGCGACAGCAGUCCAACUGAGACCAGCCAGUGUUUUUCUAAAACAGACGCGGACAUGAAGAGCGCUCUACAGUUCUGUACCAAAAUAUUCACCAAGGAUAAGUUCAGAAAGUGUUCUAAGGCAAUGGACGUUUCACAAUUAUUGGAAGCUUGUCAAUGGGAUUACUGCGCAUGUCUCACUAGCCUUACUCCGGAAGAGUGUGCGUGUCGUACAGUGUCAGUAUACGCCAAAGAGUGUUUGCGACACGGCGUCGAGGAAAUGCGCUCCUGGAGGGACUCCGACACAUGCCCGAUGAGGUGCCCCGAAGGGAAAGUCUACAAGUCCUGCGGUCCGGAAGUCCAGGCCAGCUGUGCAUUCCCUACGGCGAGCAACUCGUCUUGUGUGGAGGGCUGUUUCUGUCCGGAGGGUGAGCUACUGGAGGGCGGGCGAUGCGUGCAAAAAUCUGAGUGUCCCUGUAGAGUGCGCAACCAGAGUUUCCCCCCUGGAACUGUUAUGCCCAAGAAAUGUAAUACCUGUACUUGCGAGGCGGGCCAGUGGACUUGCACGUCGGCAGCGUGCGGAGCUCGGUGUGGUGCCGUGGGAGACCCUCAUUACACCACCUUCGAUGGACUGAGAUAUGAUUUCAUGGGCCACUGCACGUACACCAUGCUCAAAACGGACAACCUCACCAUUGACGUCGAAAAUGUAGCCUGCUCGGGCGCCAUCACCGAGGCCAUGAACCUCGCUCCUUACAAGGGAGACGGCAAGCCAUCCUGUACGAAAGCCGUCAACUUAAUGUACAACGGCGCCACCAUACACCUCAAGCAGGGCGGAUUCAUUCUCGUCAACGGCAAGGAAGUCGACUCCUUACCGGUCAGCGUUGGCGAUAUUAGGAUACGAGCUGCCUCAUCUCUGUUCCUCAUCGUUCAACUACCUAUCAAAGUUGAUCUCUGGUGGGACGGCAAUACUCGAGUGUUCGUGGACGUACCACCGUCCUUCAAAGACAAUACUAAGGGUCUAUGUGGAACAUUCAAUUUGAAUCAAAAAGAUGACUUCCUGACUCCCGAGGGAGACGUUGAGCAGACAGCUCUGGCCUUCGCAAACAAGUGGAAGACCAGGGAGUUUUGUGACGACGUCUCCACUAAGGAGCCGGAGCACCCGUGCAAGGCCAACAUGCAGAACAAGGACACCGCCGAGACCUAUUGUAGCAAAUUGAAGAGUAAAAUAUUUGAAUCUUGUCACUGGUACGUGGACGUGCAGCCUUACUACGAAGACUGUUUGUACGACAUGUGCGCGUGCGCCGGGGACGUGUCGCGCUGCCUGUGCCCCAUCAUCGGGGACUACGCUGACGCGUGCGCUCGCAGUGCGGUCAUGGUGCAAUGGAGAUACCACGUCAAGGAGUGCGAGUUGCAAUGUACGGGAGGUCAGGAGUACACCGUGUGUGGUGACAGUUGUCUGAGGACGUGCGCGGACGUGUCUCUCGGGGCCGCGGACUGCAGGCCGCGGUGCGUGGAGGGGUGCGCCUGCCCAGUGGGACAGGUGUUGGACAACAACAACGUGUGUGUACCGGUUGGACUGUGUCCGUGCUACCAUAAUGGAAUGGAAUUUAAACCCGGUUAUAAAGAAGUGAGAGCUGGAAAGAGGGAGAGAGAGCUUUGUACAUGUGUGGGUGCUCGCUGGUCGUGUGUCCCGGCCACGUCGGAGGACAUCGUUAACUACCCCCCGGCCGAGGACCUGCGCUCCGCAUGCAGCGCCUCUGACCAUAAGGAGUUCACCACCUGCGAGAUCGCUGAACCCCUCACCUGCAAGAACAUGCACCUGCCGCCGACGGUGACCUCGCAAGAGUGUCGUCCAGGGUGCCAGUGUAAGAAGGGCUAUGUGAUGGACGCGGCUAGUAAGAAGUGCGUUCUACCCUCUGAAUGUCCCUGUCACCACGGCGGUAGAAGCUAUCAAGAUGGAGAUACCAUGCAGGAGGGAUGUAACACGUGCUCUUGUAAUGGUGGUAAGUGGUCGUGCACGUCUCGUCCGUGUGCUGGCGUGUGCAGCGCCUGGGGUGACUCACACUUCACCACCUUCGACGGACAGCACUAUGACUUCGAAGGAGUUUGUACUUACCUCUUCGCCAAAGGAACUGUCGACGGGAAGGAUGGAUUCAGCGUUGAGAUACAGAACGAGCCUUGCGGAACAACAGGCGCAACCUGCUCAAAAUCCGUCACACUUCGAGUGGGUAAUGGCGGAGCUGAUGAUGAAACCGUAGCUCUCACUAAGAGCGCUCAACUACCUGAUACAUCCAAAUUGAAACGUAUUAAGCUGCGGCUGGCGGGAGCAUACGUGUUCCUGGACGUCCCCUCCCUUGGCGCCAGUCUUCAAUGGGAUCGAGGACUGCGGGUCUACGUGAAACUGGACACGAUGUGGCAGAAUAGGGUCAAGGGACUCUGCGGUAAUUUCAAUUCGGACAUGCGGGACGACUUCCAGACGCCGUCUGGUGGAGGUUUCUCGGAGACCUCGUCUCUCAUCUUCGCCGACUCCUGGAAACUAAAACCCAACUGUCCCAAGCCGCAAGAAGUUACAGAUCACUGUAAGGAGCGACCUCACAGACAAGCCUGGGCAUCUAGUAUGUGCGGUGUGUUGAAACAAUUCCCGUUCACUCUGUGCCACUCGGAGCUACCGGCCGGGGAGCACGUGGCUCGCUGCGAGUCAGACGCCUGCGCGUGCGACUCCGGCGCCGACUGCGACUGCGCGUGCGCAGCGAUCGCGGCUUAUGCAGCAGCGUGCGCAGCUAGAGGAGUUACCUUCAAAUGGCGUACUCAGGAACUCUGUCCGAUGCAAUGCGAUGAAGAGUGCUCCAACUAUAACGAGUGCAUGUCACCGUGUCCGCCAGAGACCUGCGAAAACACGCUCGAAUACGAUAAGAUAAAGGCGGCUUGUGAGAACGAAACUUGCGUCGAAGGUUGCAAACUAAACGAAAACAAAACCUGCCCCGAUGGUACAAUAUACUCGAACAGUUCUCUGAAGGAGUGCGUACCUCGAGCAAAGUGCAAACCAGUUUGCAUGACCCUUCCGGACGGUAAAGAGGUGCUGGAGGGGGAGGUCAUGGAAGAGGAUGCGUGUCACACUUGUAGAUGUUCAAAGAAUGAGAAAAUUUGCACUGGACAACCAUGUGCCACCGACGAGCCAGUACCCACGGGUCCUCCAGAGACGACACCUUACGACCAGCCCCUUACCUGUAAGACGGGUUGGACCGAGUGGAUCAGCAGAGCAGUGCCCGAAAUCACCGCCAGUGGAGCCUCCGUCGAUAACGAACCCCUGCCGGAAGUCAACGAACUUACCAUCGGCUCUCCGAUGUGCAAGAAAGAGAUGAUGACUAAAAUCGAAUGUCGUACCGUCGGCGACCACCGCAGUCCCAAAGAAACGGGGCUUAAUGUAGAAUGUAGUCUGGAGAAAGGCUUGAUAUGUUCUGAACCUGAGAAAAAUUGCUCCGACUUCGAGAUACGAGUUUACUGUGAAUGCGAGGAAAAGCCAUUCCAGUGUUUGGACUCGUCGCACCCAAGUUACCCUCACCCGACGGAAUGCUCUCAGUUCUACGAGUGUACUCCGGAGCCCGGGGCUCCUGGGACCUUGCACGCCGUCCUCAAGAACUGUGGGGAGGGCCUCGUGUACAACCCCACCAUCAUGGUGUGCGACUGGCCAGCAUCUGUCGCGCUAGUAAGGCCUGAGUGCGCCAAUAUUACCACUACCGUUACCACUCCCACGACUACUGUCGGCACGACCGCCGCGUUUGUCACAGAGUCUUCCACGUCUCCUUCUACUUCGACUGUGAUUCCUUUAGAUGUCACAACAGCAGUGUGUCCUCCUCAUCAAGUUUACAAGGAGUGCGCGUUCCCGUGUGACAAACUGUGCGACCACUUCAAGCAUACCCUGCAAGCCGAAGGACAGUGCUUGAACGGAGAGAAAUGCGUCGCUGGCUGUGUGGAUGUGCCGGUGUCGAUGGUGGAGUGCGGGUUCGGAUCCAUGUGGCGUGAUCGAAGUACAUGCGUUCCCAUCAAAGACUGCACCUGCGAUGACGACGGAUACGUUAUUAAGCCCGGCGGAGUGGUUGUAGAGGGUUGUCGAAAAUGUCAAUGCCUGGACAACGUAUUGCAUUGCGAUUCUUCAGAGUGUGUUUCUAUCAUAGAGGGAUCCACGCACGCUCCCAUGAUCAGCACUACUCCAUUGCCUACUACUGUAACCACACCGAGUACCACUACCACUACUUUAACUACUCCCAUGUCCGUGGCAACUUCCGGUUCCACUGCAGCUCCCACAACUGUUUCUCCCUCCACUUCCACUACUCCAUUGAUUAUACAAACAACGGUAUCUCCACCUCCUGAAUGCAGUCCGGAUAGGUACAUCAAUCUGUUGUGGUCUGAUGAGCCGCUGCCGCCCACCUCGUUCAGCGCCAGCUCCUCCGCCAACAAUCUCUUCCAGCCGCAGUUUGCGGUUCUUAACGGACAUCCACUGGAUGUGUCUGCUGGUAGUUGGAAUCCGGCCCACAUGGACAAAAACCAGUACAUCCAAGUGGAACUGCCCCAGAAGGAGCCAGUCUACGGUAUAUUAAUGCAAGGCAGUCCCUUGUUCGAUCAAUAUGUCACCAGCUACGACGUUAUGUACGGAGAUGAUGGAAAUGUCUUCUCACCUGUGAAUGGGCCCGACGGACAGCCGAAGGUUUUCCGUGGACCGGUAGAUAACAACACUCCUCUUAAACAAAUGAUCGAACCGCCGAUAGAAGCGAAGUUUGUACGCAUCCGACCACUCACUUGGCACGAGGAGAUUGCGGUGCGCUUCGAGCUUAUCGGUUGCCAGGAAGUCACUUCUACGACUAGUACUUCAACAACAACAACGACAUCUACCACAACCACUUCUACAACAGCCUCUCCCACAACAGUAAUGGAAACAACAUCGGUUCCGAUUACUACGCUGGAGCCCCUACAGUGUACGGAACCGCUGGGAAUCGGUGCAAACCUGCCGAUAGAUAUGAUAGAAGUAAGCUCCAAUAACGACGCGCGGCCGCUCCUCAAACUGAACUCUGAGCGAGGGUGGACUCCGCUAUACAGCACUCCCGGGGAAUGGAUCAUGUUUAACUUCACCUCGCCUCGUAAUAUAACCGGGAUCAAGACGAAAGGCGGUGCCAACGGCUGGGUAAGCGGGUACCACGUCAUGUAUACAUCAGACUUCUCGACAUUCAAUCCCGUCAUAGACGCCAGCGGCGAACCCAAGCUGUUCCCGGGCAACUUCGACGAUGACACAGAAGUCCUUAACGAGAUAAGGCCUCCACUCCACGCGCAGUACCUGAAGGUGUUACCGAUUCGAUGGUACAAUAAUAUAGAGAUGAGGGUCGAACCAAUCGGAUGCUUUGAGCCGUAUCCCACUCCUGAGCCUCCCCGCGACGAGCGCGUGCCCGUCCCCUGUCCUCUGUGCCCCGGCGUGCCCACCGCGGCCUGUUCUUGUCCCAACAACACUUACUACGACGGAGAGAACUGUGUAUCCCGGGACCAGUGUCCGUGUCUUGUUGGAUUUAUAACGUACCCGGUUGGUGCUACUUAUCGCGGAGACGCUUGCUCGCAGUGCGUGUGUAAACUGGGAGGAGUUCCCUCUUGCAGCCCCGCCGCUGACUGCCGCUGUGAAGAGGAUCUGGUGCCUACCUUAACGGAAUCCUGCAAGUGUCUCUGCGAGCCGUGUGCUAACGGCACUAAGAUCUGUCCGACGAGCAAGCUGUGUCUUCCGCUAGAGAAAUGGUGCGAUGGACUCCAGGACUGUCCGGACGACGAACGUGACUGUACCACCCUAGCGCCAGUAACCGAGACCGUUGUCACCACGGUGGUGUCAACAGUAGCCCAUAAACCGCGCACCACUGAAAUUACCACUAUAGCUCCAACUACUACCACCGAAAAACCCAUGGAAUGUCCAAAAGUGGAAUGUCCGCCGGGUUAUUUUGUCAAACAAAUCUCGACUCAACCCACCUACUCAUGGUCUUCAACGUCCGAUCUGCCACCACCGAGACCCAGGUACUCCUACCAGAGAUACUACAAGGGAGGCUUCUCUAAAGGUGGAAGACGUGGAUACGCUAAGGGAGGUUUCUCUAAGACUGCAUACUCCAAAGGUGGAUUUUCAAAAGGAGGCUUUAGUGGUCCACGAUCACCGCAACAGAACGAAGCCUUCACACUGGACAAGCCGGCCCUGAGUAGCGCCAGCCAGAGUAAGCAGCAAUGUGUACAGUUCAAGUGCGUGCCGGCGCUCCCGCCUCCCCCCCGCCCGGGCUCCACACCUGCACCUGUGGUGUGCUCCGCCCCCACAUGCCCGAAGAACUACGCACUCAAGCUAGAACACGUACCACUGGAGACCAACCAGUGUCCACAAUACGUAUGCGUGCCUCCUCCGGAACGUCCGGUGUUCUGUAACGUGACCGGCCGCACGUUCACAACUUUCGAUGGCUCCGAAUACAAAUAUGACGUUUGCUUCCACAUUCUCGCGAGGGAAAAUCGUUUGGGCGCUUGGACAGUUCUCGUUCGCAAGAAGUGCCGAGUAGAAGGAUGCGCUAACGAACUUUUCGUCUGGCAAGAUGACCAGAUCAUCCUGGUCAAGCCGAACCUCAUGAUUGAGUACGACAACUACGAGUACACCGUAGAACAGACUAGCAAGAUCUGUUUCCAGAAGAACAGCUUCGACGUUAAUCGUCUCGGGAGUGGAAUAUCGAUUAAGUCCAGGAAAUACAACUUCACGGUGCAGUACAGUUCAGAUGGAGAUGUUAAGAUCGGGGUGUCCAAGAAGUACAUGGGUCAGGUGGACGGUCUUUGCGGAUUGUUUGACGGUGAUUCGUCCAACGACCGGUCGCUGCCGGACGGUCGCCUCGCGGCCGGGGUCGAGGCUUUCGGCCGUUCCUGGGCCAAGCCCGGCCUGUCGCCGGACGCGUGCAGGACAAAGGUCAUCCCUCCAGAGAAACAGAAGCGCGUUUGGGACCUCUGUAAAGCUAUCACCGAGGAACCUUUAUCUCAAUGUGCGAAGGUGCUCAACCUAGACAAGUGGCGGAGCAUUUGCUUGGAAAAGAUCUGUAAGUGUGCGGAGCUAGUUAUAAACGGCACCAAGAUGACUGAAGAGAACUGUCGCUGUCUGCUAGUGGAGAAGCUGGUGGCGGAGUGUCUGGCAGCUGACAAGAAUAUCGACGUGACAGGAUGGAGGAUCAAGAUGGGUUGUCCCGCGGAAUGCCCAGCUCCUCUGGUCCACUACGACUGCUAUCGACGUGGCUGCGAGCCAUCUUGCGCACCCAUCACGUCGGGAGCCGCGCGCUGUGACGCAGCUGACGGACAGUGCUCUCCCGGCUGCUACUGUCCCGAGGGCAAACUCAGGAAGGGAGAUGCCUGUGUGGCGCCAUCUGACUGUCUGGACUGCACCUGUACCGGUGUGGGCACUCCGGCCAAAUACACCACCUUCGAGGGCGACGACCUUCCCUUCCUCGGAAACUGCACCUAUCUCGUAUCAAGAGACAGGCAGGAGAAAGGGGAAAGUCAAUAUCAGGUGUACGCUACGAAUGGACCGUGUGAAGGAGCGGGCGGCACCUGCGUGACGUCACUGCACGUGCUGCGAGCUGCCAACCUGCUGCACGUCACUAAGGAUCCGAACACUAUGAAGCUGAUAACAACAGUGAACGGCGAGCGAGUGUUCAAGUAUCCUUUCAGCAGCGACUGGGCGGUCAUCACCCUCGUCAAUGGACAAGACGUUAACGUUUUACUUCCGGAGCUGCAUGUUGAGGUGAUGGUGUUGCAGUCUAAACUUCAGUUCACUGUGAGCGUCCCCUCACACGACUACAGCAACCGCACGGAAGGUCUGUGUGGAGUGUGCGCCGGGUACCAGGACCAGCUCAUCACCAGCAAUGGAACCGUCACCGACGACUUUGAAUUGUACGGCAAGAGUUGGCAGGCGAGCCCGGAAGUACUGACGAAACUGGAAGUACCACCUCAGGAGCAGUGCGGCGACAUCCCACCGCCACCACCCUGUGUGCCUCCUCCACCAGAAAGCAAUCCGUGUUACAACCUAAACAACGUAGAGAAGUUUGGAGCUUGCCACGCGCUUGUAGAGCCUCAGUCCUACAUAGAGCAGUGCGAGUCAGAGCUCUGCGAGUUGAACUCGACUGACGCUUGUCCGGUGCUGGAGCGGUACGCGGCCGAGUGUCGCAAACAGGGCGUUUGCCUCGACUGGAGAAGCGAUCUAUGUCCAUACCCAUGCGACGAGCCACUCGUAUACAGAAAGUGCGUGGACUGUGAGAGAACUUGUGAAAAUUACGAAGAACUGAAGGACAACCCAAAACUCUGCGAUAAACAACCCGUCGAAGGAUGCUUCUGUCCGGAAGGAAAGGUGAGAGUGAACAACACGUGUAUAGAACCGAGCAAGUGCUUCCCGUGUGAUACAAAGAAGGAACACUACGCCGGGGACGAGUGGCAAGAAGACGCGUGCACUCACUGCACGUGCAGUAAGUCGGGCGAGAGCGCACACGUGUCGUGUACAACGCGUACGUGCGCGCCGCCUGUGUGCGCUGACGGAGAGGAACGUGUGCCGGCCGCCACACCACCAGGAGCCUGUUGCAAGGAGUACCUGUGCGUUCCUAAACCGCCGGACGUGGUCUGCGACGAACCGAAGAAGAUGGAAUGCGGGUUCGGACAAGUUUUGAAGCUGAAGAGCAAACCCGAUGGAUGUUCAGAAUUCGUCUGCGAAUGCAAGCCGGAAAGCGAAUGUGAACCUCUUCCUGAUGAGAGUGAAGUGGAGAUGUUGGAGCCGGGGAUGGAGCGCGUCGUGGACCGCUCGGGAUGUUGUCCGCGAGCCUCGCUCGACUGCCGCCCCGAGACCUGCCCCGCGGCCCCCGACUGUCCCGCACUACAUAAUCUACGUACUACCAAUGUCACGGGCCAGUGUUGUCCCGAACACAAGUGCGAACUGCCCAAGGACAAAUGCUUUGUGACUCUGGAGUGGGAGGCUGCGCCAAAAGGAGGAGAGAAGGCUCGUCCGACGCCACAGGUUAUGUUGAAAGAUUUGGAUUCAGCCUGGCUGGACGGACCGUGCCGCUCGUGUCGCUGCGAAUCAACGGCCGCGGGUCCGUCCCCCCAGUGUCACGUGACCUCUUGCCCCACUCUCACCCCCACCGAUCAGUUCGUGCUAGAGCCUCGUCCGGUGCCCUUCGCCUGCUGCCCCGAACCAUACCAAGUUGCAUGCCGAGAUGGAGAUAACAUUUAUAAGGUUGGAGAAAAUUGGACGUCUCCGAACGACCCCUGCGAGUCCUACCAAUGUUCACAGGUCGGUGAGGGACAGCUGGAGAAAGUCACCACACUACAGAAUUGUCACACCGACUGUGAUCUAGGCUGGCAGUACUUCCCGUCUGAAGACAGUAGCCAGUGCUGUGGGCGAUGCCGUCCUGUGUCGUGUGUGGUGGACGGAGUGACCAGGGACGUGGGUGCCAAGUGGACCUCAACUGACUUCUGCACCAACUACACUUGUGCGGACAUCAACGGCACUCUCCAAGUCCAAAGCUCCAACGAGUCGUGUCCGGAACCAUCGAUGACUAUGAAGAAACUGUUCGUACUGAGCGAGGAACACGAACCGGGUCACUGCUGUGUGCGCCGAGAGCCCGUCGCUUGUCGGGAUGGAGACCGCAUCUAUCAGGAGGGCCAAAGUUGGCAAUCGCCCGAUCCUUGCAAGAACUACACCUGCUCCCGAGACGAGGCGGGUUCUCUGGCGAGAGGGGAGAGCGUGGAGGCCUGUCACAAGGAAUGUCCCGAAGGACACGAGUACUUGGAACCUGACAAAGGAAUAUGCUGCGGCCACUGCGUGCAGACACAAUGCGUGGUCGGUGACGAGCUGAAGAAACCAGGUACAAGCUGGCAGUCCGCGGACAACUGCACUACGUUCUCUUGCGAGAACAAUACGGGACAGGUGGUGGUGACGUCAUCACGGGAGCUCUGCCCCGACGUUAGCCACUGCGACCCUCAGGACCUCGUCAACGAUACCUGCUGCCAGAUAUGCAAGGAGAAGCCACAGGAUCUCAGCAAGUGUGUGCCGAAAGCGGUGCCGCAGUCAGAGUCCGUGGGUCUUAUACGAGUGUUCAUGGGUCGUUUCGGGAUGUGCGUCAACAGGGAACCCUUGAAGGACUUCAAGGAGUGUCGCGGCUCAUGCGACUCCGGAACACUAUAUAACAAUCAGACCGGAAGUCACGACUCGUCGUGUGAGUGUUGUCAAGCGACCAGGUACGAGCCGGUGGUGGUGUCGCUGCAGUGUGAGGACGGCUCGCACCGCGACCACCGCGUCGCCUCGCCCGCACACUGCGCCUGCCGUCGCUGCGCUGAACUACCAUCGUUCCAGCAGAGUACCACCAGGUACGUCCCGACCCCCGGCUACAGCCACCGCGGGGACGUCGACUACGAGAUACCGGCCAUCUACAACAGGUUCAGCGUACCGCCCAGGGAAUACUAGAGGGGCGAAGGAAUAAAUUUGCAUGUGUAGAGUUUAAUAGAAAAUAUAACACCGAUGUAAUCACACA